AUGACUCGUGGUGUAGUCCUGUUUGCGCUAUUUUUGUUCUACAUAAUAGAAAUACAAGGUCUCCAACAUGUGUUUGUGCUGCAUGGAAAGGACUUACACUUGGAUAUAGAGAAACCUUUUAAACUUGACGAACAGACAGAUUUGUUCUGGAAAUUUAAUUCCAGUAACAAUAUAGCUAAAUGUGUUUUUAAUAACAAUCCAGUAGUGUUUAACAAAUAUGCAGGAAGGGCUGAGUUGUUUAGACCAAAUUGCUCUUUGAAAUUAAAGAAUGUUCAACACAAUGACAGUGGGGAUUAUAAAGCAGUAACAAUCAGCGGAGAAGAGCAAAAGGUAGUUGAAUAUAAGGUCAUAGUUCAAGUGACUCCUGCCAAGCUGACAGUGGAGUCUGUGUCCAAGAGCUCAGACUCCUGUAACCUGACUGUGACCUGCAGCACAGUGGACUUUAACAUCAGCAGUAGUUUCAGAUGUGAUGGUAAAAACUGCUGUCAUGCAGGAGAAAAGGAUUUGAAGGCCACCAAAUAUUUUUCCUCUCUAAGUGUUUACCUGCAGCAAGACACCAUUUUCUGUAAUCACAGCAACCAAGUGAGCUGGAAUGAGACUAAGAAGGUGCUCAAAUCUUACUGUGAAACAAAGACAGCUCCCAGUGGAGCCGCCAUAAUUGCAGCUUCGACUUCUGUUGUCUUCUUGAUUCUCUUCAUUACCCUUUGUGUCAUAAUGAAAUGACAUCACUCCAGGCCAGACUCAAAAUCAGACUCCCUUAGGACAUGAAUCAUGUACUUCUCCAACAUCUACGUAUGCUUUGGUGGAGUUUCACACUGGACAAAAAUCUACUAAGACUGAAAACAUCCCCCAGCCAGAGACGGUGUAUGCUCAGGUGGACAGAGCUGCAAAGCCCAAUUCUACAGUCCAACAACAAACACCCAAACCUGAAGAAAACCAGUAACUGUAUUUAUAAUGAUCAACAGAGUUCACUGAUGUACCAUAUGUGUAAAAUGUGGAUGUUCAUGUUACUGUGACCAAGAGAGAAACAUGUUAAUCAGAAGGCAUAUGGAUCUGUUCACUCACAUGUAGCUCACUUUACACAUGAGAGGCUGGUUGCUGAGUGAUAUUGUGGUCUAUCUUAAAGGUAUUUCUCUUAAUUUGAAUUAACAGAGCUAGUUAACCCAAUUUUUAUUCUUUCAAAGUCUUGUUUUUGAGAACAUGAAAUAGGCACAGAGUUUACAGGCAUACCAACAAAGUGGGUAGAGUCAGCUGAGAACCAAUGAGUGUAUGUGCCUGCAGUUUGUAGUUUGUAAUGUUAUUACAUUAAUAACAUUACAUUACAUGUGUAUAUGUUUCUUUUUAUCAUAUAUAAUGGUUGUUGCAUCAGUAAAUGUGUCCGCACAUGUAUUUCACUGCAUCUUGUAUGAUUGUGCAUGUGACAAAUAAAGGUUGUUUGUUUGUU